UCGUCGUCGUCUCCUCGGACAGACGCUUUUCAACUCAACCACUUUUCCAUCAAUCUCUCCUUUUUUCCCCCACUUUCCCUCAUUUUCUUUUUGUGUUUUUUUUUUUUUUCCCCAGAAAAUAUGCAGAGCCCCAGCCGGACCGAGGCCGAGCGCCUCCUCGGCGUCGCCGAGAAGCUCCUGGUGGCCCGCGACCUCACCGGGUCCAAGGACUUCGCCGUCCUAGCCCAGGAGACCGAGCCCCUCCUCGACGGAUCCGACCAGAUCCUGGCCAUCGUCGACGUCCUCCUCGCCACCGAGAAGCGCGUCAACAACCACCACGACUGGUACGCCGUCCUCCAGAUCGGCCGCCGAUCCGACGACCACGACCUCAUCAAGCGCCAGUACCGCCGCCUCGCCCUCCUCCUCCACCCGGACAAGAACAAGUACCCCUACGCCGACCAGGCCUUCCGCUUCGUCGCCGGCGCCUGGGCCGUCCUCUCCGACCCGGGCAAGAAGUCCCUCUACGACAAGGAGUUCAACCUCUUCUCCAAGGUCGAUCUGUCGCCGGCGGCGGCCGCGGCCGCGGGCGCCAAGCUGCCCGUGCGGAGGGGCGGGCAGCUGAGCCGGGGCUUCGGGCAGCAGGAGCCGGCGGGCGGCAGCGGGAGCGGGCACGGGAAGGGGAGCGAGAAGCGGGCGGGAGGAGCAGCGGCGGCGGCGGCGGCGGCGGCGGCGGCGGCGAGGUCGGCGAGCUUCUGGACCGCGUGCCCGUACUGCUACAUGGUGUACGAGUACCCGGCGGUGUACGAGGAGUGCUGCCUGAGGUGCCAGAGCUGCGAGAGGGCGUUCCAGGCGGUGGCGAUCGAGGCGCCGCCGCCCGUGGUGCCUGGGAAGGAGGCGUACCACUGCUGCUGGGCGUUGUUCCCUCUAGGGUUCACGAUCGGGAAGUUCGAGGGCGGAGAUGAGGACGGAGAUAAGGUCGGACCCACCGAGGGCGGGCUGCCGAAUUGGUUCCCGCAGCAGUCGGCAGACAAGAAUGCCGGGAUGGCGCCGCCGCAGCAGCAGCAGCAGCAGCAGCCAGCCGCCACGGCGCCGCCGAAGAGGAAGAGGGGGAGGCCGCGGAAGAACCCGUUGUGACGGGGAGCGCGGCGGAUGUGGGUCAUCCCGCUGAAGUAAAAAAGCAGAGGAAUUUGCAAUGCUUCCGAUCGCCGGAUGAAUCUCGAAGUACAGCAAGAGAUCAUCAGCUUCAAAAAGCGGGCUUUUCUUUUUUUCUUUUCUUGGUGAGGAAAUGGGGACGGGCAAGAGCUCGAGGGAGGUGAAAUAGAUAAUAGCAAUGUUGGAGGCCGAGGAGGGUUUGAUCAGAUGCUCCGAGCAGAGAUUGAGGCGAUGGCGGCGCGAGGGAAACUUUAAGCAAAGGUUGAAUUGUUGUUGCUUGUUAGUCAUGUCUUCCGGUCUUUGUCUGUAGAUUAUUAGGCAUGUUUAUGUAUACUGUCCCGCGCUGCAGUCGGAUGAUGUAAAACAUUGUAGCUCGAGAUGUCGAGCGAUGUUCUUGAGAAAGUAAAUAAGGACCUCUUUGCUCAUGGUGCGUAAUCCUCUCCAAUACAGUCACAGUCAUCUUGGAUUUUGAA